AUGGAUCCUCCGUUUUUACUUUUCUCAAAUGAAUGUUCCAUUCACUUCGUCGCAGAUGGACCAGGCGUUAUUUUUACGAGUGCACGAACUCCUCCUAACUCCGUGACGAGCACAGUGACGACCGCGGAGAUAGAAGACGAGGGGGUGGACACGAAGCCCGUGUCGUCGCCAGCACCGAUAGUCCUUGAGCUUGCAACGGUUGACGACGUUUUAGAGCCACAGAUUGGAACAGCGAUCCGCAAAUUCAUCGACGUCUUCUCGAACUGUCUUCGCUGCAUCAUCUCCUUUUUCAAAUCAAACAAUCAGGCAUUGACCGUCGCCUGA